AUGACGGAUCCGAACGGCGCGGACGCCCCGGGGGUGAAAAAGUCCGCGAAGAUCUGGUGGACGCUCACGGACGAGGCCCCCGCGCUCGCGACGCACGCGUUCCUUCCCGUCGUCCGCCGAUUCUGCGGCGGCGUCGGCGUGAGCGUCGAGAGCGCGGACAUCUCCCUCGCGUCGCGCGUCCUCGCCGCGUUCCCGGAGCGCCUGACGCCCGCGCAGCGCAAGACGGACGUCCUCGCGAAGCUCGGCGAGCUCGCGACGACGGAGCGCGCGAACAUCAUCAAGCUCCCCAACGUCAGCGCGUCAGUCCCGCAGCUCGAAUCGUGCGUCGCGGAGCUUAAAUCGAAAGGAUACGACCUCCCGAAGUACCCGGGAAAGGCCAACGCGGAGACGAUGGACGCGGAGACGCUGUCGAUCGCGACGCGGUACGCGAAAGUCAUCGGCAGCGCGGUGAACCCGGUGCUGCGAGAGGGGAACAGCGACCGGCGGGUCGCGCCCCCCGUGAAGGACUUCGCGAAGAAAAAUCCCCACCGCCUCGCCGAUUGGCGCGCCGACUCUUCGACGCGCGUCGCGUCCAUGAGCGACGGCGACUUUUACGGCUCCGAGAAGUCGUGGACGAACGAAUCGCGCGAGCCCGCGACGCUGCGCGUGGAGCUGCACGCCAAAGGCGACGGUGGAGGAGGCGUGAUUCAGACGCUGAAGCGAUCCGUCGUCGCGCUCCCGGGGGAGAUCGUCGACGUCGCGACGAUGUCCGCGGAGAAGCUCGCCGCGUUCGCCGAGGAGACGCUGCGUCAGGCGGCGAAGGACGACGUCAUGGUGUCGCUGCACCUCAAGGCGACGAUGAUGAAGGUGUCCGACCCCGUGCUUUUCGGCACCGUCGUGCGGACGUACUUCGCGGACGCGUUCGAGAAGCACGCGAGCGCGCUCGAAUCCGUGGGCGCCAACGCGGACAACGGCCUCGGCGCGGUGCUCGACGCGAUCAAAAAUCUCCCCGACGCGGAUCGCGCGGAGGUGGAAGCUUCGAUCGCGGCGACGUACGCGUCCUCGAACCGCCCUCGCGUCGCGAUGGUGGACAGCGACAAGGGGAUCACGAAUUUCCACGUGCCGAGCGACGUGAUCAUCGACGCGUCCAUGCCGGCGAUGAUCCGCGACGGCGGGCGGAUGUGGAACGCGGACGGCGAGCUCGAGGACGUCGUGUGCGUCAUCCCGGACCGGUCCUACGCCGCGGUGUUCGCCGCGUGCGUGGACGACUGCAAGAAGCGCGGCAAGUUCGACGUCUCCACCAUGGGCAGCGUCUCCAACGUCGGGUUGAUGGCGCGAAAGGCGGAGGAGUACGGCUCGCACGAUAAGACGUUCGUGAUCGAGCGCGACGGCGUCGUGAAGGUUUUCAACGGCGACGACGACGACGACGUCGUCUUCGAGCACGCCGUGUCCGAGGGCGACCUGUGGCGGAUGUGUCAGACGAAGGACGAGCCGAUCAGGGAUUGGGUCAAGCUCGCGGUGAACCGCGCGCGCGCGACGGGCGCGCCCGCGGUGUUUUGGCUCGACCCGAACCGCGCGCACGACGUCGCGCUGACGUCCAAGGUUCGGCUGUACCUCGCCGAUCACGACGUCGCCGACGCGGACGUCUCGAUCAAGUCCCCGGUGGACGCGAUCGAUUUCAGCAUGACGCGCGCGCGCGCGGGUCAAGACACCAUCAGCGUCACGGGCAACGUCCUGAGGGAUUACCUCACCGACCUGUUCCCGAUCAUCGAGCUCGGGACGUCCGCGAAGAUGCUCUCGAUCGUCCCGCUGCUGCGGGGCGGCGGCCUUUUCGAGACUGGCGCGGGGGGCAGCGCGCCCAAGCACGUGCAGCAGUUUACGGAGGAGAACCACCUGCGCUGGGACUCGCUGGGGGAGUACCUCGCGCUCGCGGUGUCCCUGGAGGACCUCGCGCACAAGACGCGGAACCCGAAGAUCAAGACGCUCGCGAAGGGGUUGACGACCGCCACGGGGAAGCUCCUCGACGAGAACAAAUCGCCGGGACGCAAGGUUGGCGAACCCGAUAACCGCGCCGCGCACUUCUACGUCGCGAUGUGGUGGGCGGAGGCGGUCUCCAGAGCGCUUCCGUCGUUCAAGCAGCUCGCGUCCGACCUCGCCGCGAGCGAGGACGUCAUCGUGCGCGAGCUCACGGAGUGCCAGGGAUCGAGCGUGGACGUCGGCGGGUACUGGCUCCCAGACGUCGACGAGGCGGAGCGCGCGAUGCGGCCGUCGGAGACGUUCAACGCGCUCGUGGAUCAGAUCAUGAUGAGCGCGCUGGAUCCUCCGGGGAGUAAGACGGUGAACGAGAUCUACGCGACGCUGGACGAGAACAUCAAGGCGGUUCGCGAGAAGCUGGGCGGGAAUGACGUCGCGCUGACGCUCGCGGAGAAGAUCGUGUACGGGCACCUCGACGACGUCCGCGGCGGCGACGCGCCGACGCGCGGCGCGUCGUACCUCAAGCUGCGGCCGGACCGCGUCGCGAUGCAAGACGCCACCGCGCAGAUGGCGAUUCUGCAGUUCAUCUCUUCGGGGCUCCCGAAGACCGCGGUGCCGACGACGAUCCACUGCGAUCAUCUCAUCGCCGCGGAGACGGGCGACGUGGAGGACUUGGGGAACGCCAACGUGGAGAACAAGGAGGUGUACGACUUUCUGUCGUCGUGCGGGGACAAAUUCGGGAUGGGAUAUUGGAAGCCCGGCGCCGGCAUCAUCCAUCAGACGGUGCUCGAAAACUACGCCUUCCCCGGCGGUCUGAUGAUCGGCACCGACUCGCACACGCCGAACGCGGGCGGGUUGGGGAUGUGCGCGGUCGGCGUCGGCGGCGCGGACGCGGUGGACGUCAUGGCGUCGCUGCCGUGGGAGCUCAAAGCCCCGAAAGUCAUCGGCGUGAACCUGACCGGAGCGCUCGCGAAUUGGACGACGCCCAAGGACAUCAUCCUGAAAGUCGCGGACAUUCUCACCGUGAGCGGCGGAACCGGCGCGAUCAUCGAGUACUUCGGCGAGGGCGUGGACACGAUCAGCGCGACCGGGAUGGCCACCGUGUGCAACAUGGGCGCGGAGAUUGGCGCGACGACGUCCGUGUUCGCGCUCAGCGAACGCCAGCUCGAGUACCUCCGAGAGACGGGCCGCGGCGAGGUGGCGCGCCUCGCGUCGAAGAACCGCCAUAACCUCGUCCCGGACGAGGGGUGCGUCUACGAUCGCGUCGUCGAGAUCGACCUCUCCGCGCUGGGCCCGCACAUCAACGGUCCGUACACGCCGGAUCUGUGCACGCCCGUGAGCGAGCUGAAAACGCGCGCCGCGAAGGAGGGCUGGCCCGUCGAGAUCUCGUCGUGCCUCAUCGGGUCGUGCACGAACUCGUCGUACGAGGACAUGGCGAAGUGCGCUAACCUGACGAAGCAAGCCCUGGACGCGGGGCUGACGUACGCGAUCGACUUUUACGUCACCCCCGGGUCAAGAGCAGUGCAGGUCAACAUCGAGAAGGACGGGUUCGUGGAGAUAUUCGAAUCCGCGGGCGCGACGGUGCUGGCCAAGGCGUGCGGCCCGUGCAUCGGGCAGUGGAAGCGUCGGAUGCCCCCGGGGGUGAAGAACACGAUCGUGACGUCGUACAACCGCAACUUCGCGAAGCGCAACGACGGCAAUCCGGACACGCACGCGUUCGUGACGUCCCCGGAGCUGGUGACGAUGCUCGCGUUCAGCGGCCGCCUCGAUUUCAACCCGUACGCGGACGCGUUGACGACGCCCGACGGAAAAGAGUUUCGGUUCAAAAUCCCGGAGGGGUGCCCGGUGAUCCCCCCGUCGGGGUGGGACAUCGACGACAGCAUCUUCCAGGCGCCCAAGGCGGACGGCAGCGGAGUAAACGUCGCGGUCGAUCCGGAGAGCAAACGUCUGCAGCUCCUCAAGCCGUUCGAGCCGUGGGACGGGAGAGAUUACGUCGGGUGCCCCGUCCUGAUCAAGGCGCUGGGCAAGUGCACGACGGACCACAUCUCCAUGGCGGGCCCGUGGCUCAAGUUCCGCGGUCACCUCACGAACAUCUCCGAGAACAUGCUCAUCGGCGCGGUGAACGCGGAGACGGGGAAGACGAACGCGGUGACGCACCACCGCACGGGGGCGGUCGGGAAGGUGCCGGAGGUGGCGCGCGCGUAUCGCGACGCGGGGAUCAAGUGGAUCGUCGUCGGCGAUCAAAACUACGGCGAGGGGUCGUCUCGAGAGCACGCCGCGCUCGAGCCGCGGUUCCUCGGCGGCGUCGCCGUCGUCGUUCGAUCGUUCGCGCGCAUCCACGAGACGAAUUUGAAGAAGCAGGGCAUGCUUCCGCUGACGUUCGCGGACCCCGGGGAUUACGAUAAGAUCUCCGGCUGCGACGUCGUCGACGUGCUCGGGCUCGAGGACGACGCGUUCAAGCCCGGGAGCGGUCUGACGCUGCGCGUGCACCCGGCGGCGGGCGGGGACGCGUUCGAUGUCCGCGUGAAUCACACGUUCAACGACGAGCAGAUCGAGUGGUUUAAGCACGGCAGCGCGCUGAACUUCAUGAAGAUGGAGAACGCGAAGCGCAGCCGCAGCGUCGUCGGGUGA